AUGGAAUUAAGACAUCUUCAUUGUGCUAUUAUAACAAUUUUUCUGGUCAGUUUUCAAUAUGUUUAUAGUGGAUGUCCAUUGAUUUAUCAAAUGAUUGAUAAAUAUCACUCCUAUUGUGCUAAAAAAAUCUCUCUCUCUAGUUUACCGCCAACACUUACAGAAAUUGAAUUUAUCUUAAAAGUACAUAAUCAAGAACGAUUUGAUGUGAAUGCUCAACAGAUGCAAAAAAUGUAUUGGAAUGUUGAUUUAGCUGAAAUUGCUCAACGUUAUGCUGAUCAUUGUUAUUUUGAUCAUGAUAAAUCUAUUCAAAGACAAACACCUCGUAUUCCACUUUCAACUGGACAAAAUCUUGCUAUGGGUUAUAAAACUUGGACUUUAGCAAUACAAGGUUGGGCAAAUGAAAAAAAUGAUUUCGUCUAUGGUAGCGAUGUUCAACAUGGUGAUGUUGGACAUUACACACAAAUGGUGAAAGAUACAGCAGCACUUAUCGGAUGUGGUUUAGCUAUUUGUCCUAAGGGUAAACUUGAUCCACAUAACGAUUGGCCACAUUAUGUAUGCAAUUAUGUCACUGGACAAUUAGGUGAUAAUAAACCAUAUAUACCUGCUAGUUCUUCUGAAUCGAAUAAUGAACGAUUAUAUGAUUGUCAAGGUUUAGUAUGUCUUUAUAAUGGAAUUAUUGAUCUUAAUUCAUGUCAAUGUCAAUGUGAAUCGCAUACAUCAGGUAAACAAUGUGAAAUUCUUGAUUGUUCAUUAUUAUCUAAUGAUUGUAAAUAUGGAAAUGAUAAAUCAUUAUGUACAAAAUAUUCCAAUGUUCCUAAUGAAUGUCCUAAAUUUUGUGGUUUAUGUUCUCGAUAUGAUGAAAUGAAAAAAUAUUAUAAUUCACUCGAAAUAUUAUCAAAUAUUGGAAUUCAAAUGAUAAAAAGUACUCAAUCUAUUUUAUUAUUCAGAAAUAUUUCUUUUCAUAUAGUUUUUAUUCAAUUAAUCAUAGUACAUUUUGUACUGUCGGUUGAUUAA